UACGCGCUAUAUCAGGCAGCGGUGCGCCUCACCCUCUGCGAUCUUAGGGAAUAGUGAAAGAGUGGAGCUCAGCUCAGUUGAGGAAGACCAAAUUUGUGCACACAGCCGCGCAGAAAAUCAACUCUUAAUGUAUUAGUCAGUCGUCGAAAAUAGAGGAUGGCACAACGCGGGGAGAACGGGCCCAGAUGGUGAAGAACUGUGUUGGUUUUGGACUGGGAGAUUUCUGCGAGUGUUACCCAAAAAUCUAUUUCCGAGUUUUUGCGGAGUCUGGGUGGGACCCCGAGGCGUGAGGUCAUUGGAUCCUGGUUUGAAGAAGAGUCAUGUAGGGAAGUGACGGAUGCCAGGGAGAUGUGAAAAUGUAAUGAGUUCCUUCAGAUCUGUCUCCUACAAGGAACCACGGAAACUCCCCUCCACACUCCACCCUGCCUGGAGGUGUGCAACCAUGCACCUCAAGCCGUACCCCAAAUUCCAGAAAGAGCUUCAUCUGGAGUCAAUCCAGGACAGUGCAAGAGGUGUUCACGCUGGUCAGCAGCGGGUGCUCAGGAUCGAACGGGCCGUGCACCAGUCCUGUCCUGUGAGGGCAGUGCCAGGCAGUGUCCCAAGCAGCCGCCGCCCCCUUGGGGUCAUAUUCACCAACAUGCUCUGCGGCAACAACAGCAGCAACAGCAACCCCACCCCCAAAGUGUGUGAGUGUCCACCCAAUGGCCCAUGGGACCGCAAGGGGAAGGCGCCUCCUGUCAGUGCACUUACUAGCUCUCUACUGCUGCUGUCCUCCAUGCCUGACAAGGGUGACCCACUGACCCUUUACCAGGGGGACAGUGGGGAUGCUCACUUGGACAUUUGGGCUGUUAUCAAACCUGGGAACACCAAGGAGAAGAUCGCCAUUUUUGCCGCCCAGCAGUGUGGCCAUAACGGCGUGGGCACGGGGGGUGGUGAUGGCCCCGCCAGCCGGACACUCUCCAUGAAAAUAAAAGGCUGCUGGGAGGUGGAGGGGUCUUUGGCCAAGCGCAGGAAAUGCUCCUCAGACCCAGACAAACCGGGCGGACUAGGGCAGUGGCCACCACAGGGGGGCAGUGGAGGGGAGCAGGAGGUCAGGGGGGAGAAGCCACAUGAUGAGGCCGUGCAGCAGGCCUGUAGGGGGGAGGGAGAGGUGGAGUUCAAGGAAGAGAAAAGCCUAUCUGUUGUGGAGAUGGUGGCCUACCUGGAGCAGAGGGCCAGCGACCAGCAGCUGGACUGCGCCAAAUACCCUCCCCUUCGGAGCUCCAGCAGCGUCACCCCAGCCAAGGCGGGGCCCAUGUUUCCUGUGGACCAGGCAGGAGUCCCAGAGGCCUUGGAGGUCCGUGAGGAGGAGGGUGAGAGUGUGCGGGUCCUCGAGAUGGUGGCCAGGCUGGAGUCGGAGUGUCUGAAGCGCCAGUGUGAGAGGGAGGCGAGUGGGGCCCUGUCACGUAGCAACAGCCUGCGUCGGAGUGUGGGUCGGGUGCUGCUGGCCAGGGCGGGGCCAGAGGCCUGCUCCCGUCCCCCGUCCCUGACACGGGAUGUGUCCUACUCAAUCCUUGUUCCUCACACGGACGGCCCCAGCAGCCCUCUGGCGCACUGCGGGAUGGCCCCCUCGGGCAUGGCCGGUGCCAUCAGUGAGACGGAGAUGGGGAGCCUAGCUUCCCUUUGUCCCUGUGAGCCUGUGGUCUCUCCCUGUGGGAUCCAGAGUGCUGUGCCACGCACCCCCGGCCAGCAGGAGAGAAGGGGAGAUGGGGAGGAAGGCGGAGGCAUGCAGAUGCAGGGAGAGGAGGCAAAAGCAGGGGGUGAAACUUGCGCCAAGCACCGCGAGGAGCCACCACCCGGCAUGCUGUUCUUCUCCCUGCUGCAGGAGCAGCAUCCCGCCCCAAACGCUGACACCACCCCCACGCUCCCUCAGGACAGUCUCUCCCCUUAUCCUCUUUUCAGGAGAGAGGGACAGAACGUGAAGGAGGAGGCGGAUGUGGACGGGGAAGGGGAGACAGAGGCACUGGGCCAGGAGAGGGCUCAGUUUCCCCUCCGCCGGCUGGUCUCCCAUGAGUUUCUGGAGACGCGCUUCAAGAUCCAGCUGUUGCUGGAGCCCCAGCAGUACAUGGCCCUGUUGCCUCACCACAUCAUGGUGAAGAUCUUCAGCUUCCUGCCCACCCAGGCUCUGGCCGCCCUCAAGUGCACAUGCCACUACUUCAAAUUCAUAAUCGAGAGCUACGGCGUGCGGCCGGCAGACUCGCGCUGGGUCUGCGACCCCCGCUACAAGGAUGACCCCUGCAAGCAGUGCAAGAAGCGGUACGGGCGAGGAGAUGUGUCCCUGUGCCGCUGGCACCACAAGCCCUACUGCCAGGCCCUGCCUUAUGGCCCGGGCUACUGGAUGUGCUGCCAUGGCUCACACAAGGACACGCCUGGCUGCAACGUGGGUCUCCACGAUAACCGCUGGGUCCCCGCCUUCCACAGCAAAAAUAUGCCAAUUUACAAAAAAGCCAGAGAGAGCGAGGAGGACUCGUAGUGGUUGGGCAGCAGUGGGCAUGGUGUGCCUUUUUUUUACUGUUGUGAGGGCUUGUGUGUGUGUGUGUGUGUGUGUGUGUGUGUGUGUGUGUGUGUGUGUGUGUGUGUGUGUGAGAAUGUGAGACUGACUAGAUUGUUGUUGCUAAUGAGGAAUCACUGGACCCCCCACUAAGAACAUUGUUUUCAGCACUUUAGCCUUGCAAGAUGGAGUUUCUCAGAGAAUUCUGGGUACCUCUUGCUGUGCUUUGUUUUUCAACAAGCAUUAAUCAUGUAGUUGCUAUAAUGAUGUGGUUCAACAAUAUUUUCAAGGUGAAUGUUUAUCUGCUAAGCAAAUAAAUCAAAUAAAGUUGUAAUACCUAUAUGUGAAUUUGUGGAUGAUGUUGUCAAUGUUCAUGAGGAGUUAGAGUUAAAGGGCUUUUUGACAACAAUGUGAAUUUACCUUCUCCAUCCCCAUAUGGUCAUUUUCAUGAACACACCAGUGAUGGAUAGUUAGUGACACAGUCUGAGAUUUUCUUUCUGCAGUGAUUGGAGCUACUUCUGAGCCCUGUUGCAUUUACAGUGUAUAUAAAGCGAAGUUGUAUCAGUACAGGGUAAGGAAUGAUGGCAUGCACAGUACUUGAGAAAGUGGCUGUGUCCCAGUCACAAAUGAACAAGUGAACCCAUGCUUCACCUGAUGACAUAUGCUUGAACAAGAAAGGGAAGGGUGUUUGAGAGUGAAAUUGAGACAUACUCUGUCAUUAUUCCAGUGCCAUGGCUCGUUAUGAAACAAGAACGACUCCAAAAAUUACACCAAGCUAUGGAAACGGCAGAAGAGGUGACAUCUUCGUUAAAAGUGCUUGGGAUAGCAUACAUGAAGGGUACGAGAUUGUACACAUUAAAACGGAGAAACUGAGGACAGGUGAAAGUUCAUUUUGCAGAUCAGGAUGCCCUUGAUCAUGUGACUCAGCGCUAUUUUGAGGGUAAGUGCUUAGGGAAAGUGAGCAGAAAUGCGGAGCAGCCUGUGAAUACCUUCUACCUUAAGUAGCUGGAAGUUUUUUUUGUUUUUUGAUUUAAAGGCUGGUUGUGUAUUUUUUUUUCUUUUUGAAAUGCAUCCCAUACAUAGUGCUAGCGCAGGCCCUGCUCCCUAGCCCCUGCAAUACAGCUACAUGGUUUUCAGUUUUUUAUGCAAAUAUACCUCAUACAAUGAUCCUAUUCUGAAAGGGAAACAUUUAUAAUAUGGAAGGUUUGCAGUUAAGUCUCAAUUUCUGCUCUCUAUAAUGGUUUUAACUACACAAUUUAUUAAAAAAAAAAUAAAAAAGCCUUCUAUACUGA